GAAAUGGAUAAUAUUAACAAAGAGAUAAAACAAAAAGUAUUAGAAUCAAAUUGGCGUAAUGGAGGUGAUUCUGCUGGAUAUACAUUUACUGAUAUUGUUCUUAAAAGUUUUGAAGAAGUUAAGAAGAAUGGUAGACAUGCAAAUGCUUGCAGAUUUUAUGAAAUGUAUCAUCCAGAAAUUGGCAACUUACGUAAAUCAAAGAGUUAUUCAGCAUUUGCUCCAACUAAUGCUAUGGAAUAUAAUGAUCGUAAAGUCGAUCCAGAUUUACGUCCCUUUUCCUCUUAUAAACCAAAACGUGGAGAAUGGAAAAGUCAACUUGAAAAGGUGAAUCACACACCACAUGUAAAAAUUAAUAAAGCACCUACUGUGGCUGCUCUUCCACCUUUGCCCCCUACAUAUCGCCAUCAAUACCCAACAUCUGCAGAUCUCUCACGUUUUGAAAAUUUUGCAAUUUAUUGGAAUGGACGUGCCCGCGGUUUAGAAUUAUCGCAACCUUUUCUUUACGAGCCUGAACGUGAUAAUUACAGCAUUGCAGAAGAUAGAAGGUAUCAACGUCUUUAUUGGGCGCCUAAAUUUAUUCCACAUCAACCUUCUGCAAGACAUGCACGUCAAAUUAUGUUAACUGCUUAUUGA